AUUUUACGAUGUUUCGAAGUACCACGACCUCGUGCGUCGAGAGAGCACGAAAGAGCCAGUCGCUUUACCUGCUUCGCAAGUGUAUAAAUGUAUAAAAUAACAACAGAACUAUCUUUCUCAUAGCAUCGUAGUGAUUGCGAGUCAGCAGAAAAAAGAAAAGACAACUAAUCAUAGUAUGGUCGUAAGCUAAGGCUUCCCCUAGUCCAUCUCUAAAAACAACACUUAAGCCUCAGCGCCCAAAUACGAGGGAGAUCCUGACGCAUAUGCUUGAGGGAUUUCCACAAGGAUGAACUGGGAAGAGGUCUAAGUAAGUAGUAUAAACGAAAUGGCUUAAAAUUGUAGCAAUAGACUCAAAUCCACCUUCAGACUCGUGGUCUGGUGAGGUGAAGAAACAUCGACACCAGAUGAACGACAGACUGAUAUCUGGGUGAAAGAUAUGUCCCUUAUCUUUCAGGAAUCAAUUACAAUUAUCAUAAAUGUUGUGUAUCUUGUUUGUUUUUGUACAAGUAAGUGGCUCUAGUAGUAUAGUCGUGUCAAUUUGAUCAUGAUUGACAUUGUAUUGAUGAACGUAAACUAUCAAUCAUGGAUCAUCAUCUUUAUCAACAGAUUGAUACAAAAGGUUCGUUCAAUGUCCGUAACUCAAACUCGAAAUCACUCUUUCACGUCCUCUUAGCAGAUGCCGAGCGGAAGACUUUUGGACGCUCCUUGUAUAUUUUUACGAUCGCUUGCAGUGUUUGAGCUCUGACCUCUAUCUCAUCGUCAGAAGUUGUGACUGACUGGAAGUCUUGCGAUGAACAAGGUCUUUUAGUCAGUCUAUUCAUGAUGGAGGUCCGAUGUCUAUGUCGUUUCUCCACUUUAUAUCUGUUGUCUGAUAACGAAAUUAUACUAACUACGAACAAAUAUCAAUCCCAUUUGCCGCAUAAGUAAGUAGGGCGACUGUGUCUCUACAUUAGGACAUCAUCCGGUACACUCAUUAUGUCCCCACAAUUUAUUGAAUUCAUAUUCAUCAUUCGGUACACUCAUUAUGUCCCUAUAUAAUAUUAAGAUAAGUACACAGAUUUGAGUUUUGUUUUUCAGUCAUCUCCGCUUUGCUCAAAACUGUUGCCAACAGCGGGGCAGAGCUUCGCGCGUUGGCAGGUGGAAAAUUUACAAUUCUGGCGAGGCAUGGAAAGGCCUCUGAGCAAUUAGGCAGGGAAGGGCGCUAUAGCGCGAUCAUUGUAGGCAUACGAUAACCCGCUCUCUUUGGUCGAAGCAUUUCCUUUUGCAAACAGCCAAUCUUGCUUUAUUCUUCACGCUUGUAAGCGGGUACAGUGAUCGAAAGCGAGAAAACCGUUAGAAAUGUAUAGAAGCUACUCAUUGCAGUAUCUGUGUACGUAUGGUUCACCUAUGAGUCAUUCACGUAAGAUGAUAAUUUGAUUUUGACCAAAUACUUCAGCGUUGUGUGAGGUGACCUCGGUCCGUACUGUGUUUGCCAGUCCCUCGUCCUUCGUUGUUCUUUCCUCAGAAGACUCUCUACUUGUUGAAAAAUUCCGUGUUGUAAUAAAUUAUCAAUUCAUUAUAAUAUAUUUAUUAUUGAAUAUGAGGAUCAAGAGCUUGUUCGAAGAAAAUAUGAUAGGUCUGGGUGGUAUUUCAUGAUCUAACUAGUGCCGCGCCGCUACCCGGCACGAUAAAUUGAAAUGGCCAUCACAUAGCACAGACGGUCUUCAGUCAUCGAGUUCAUUUUUUGUUGCUGUGUCAUGGAUUCUGCAAUUACUAUGAGCCGAGCUGCGGUUGUGGCUCGUUUAUCGCUCGUUCUCAAUAACACUCGUUCUCGAUGAUGUUGUCGAGCAUCUACCGGAAUGCGUAAAUGGGCCGAUGCGUCCAUGACAGUUGCCUAUGUAUCAAUCUAUAAAUCCCCGACCCACUCUGGCGAAGCAUGUCGAUGUAGGCAUUUCACCCGAAUCCUCACCCUUUCCGGAUAUUAACCACCCAAAUUGCCACUCACAGCAUUUCGUGUACACUCUCGUUAUAUAUAAUCCAGUGGGGGACAUUAUUAUAUCUUGCUAAUGCUAUGUAUUGCUUGAUCAUAUACUAGGCAUGUCAGGUCGUGCGUUCUAUCGCCACUUGCCAGACAGGUGCGGUGGCCGCUGCCCCUGGUGUGGAAUCAAGAGAACGCAGCAGCGACAUUCUGUGGCAGCCAUGUCUUCAGACACUCGAUUCCGUUUUGUUGGAUGCUUAUUCAAUUACCGGCGGGCUGCGGACGUGCCCAAAAGACAAGAACUAAGUACCAAAUUUAUUAUGUAUACAAAUGAAGUGUCUGUCUCUGUCCUACUACAAGAUAGAAUGGAUCUCAAUGGUCGUCAUCUCACGUAUAUUUAAUGAUAGUGCGACUAGGUUUGAUCGACAUGGAAGUUAGAAAAUAUUUCUCAUAUACACUACGGUCGAACAUUCGUAGAAGAAAAGCGUGUACGUGUAGUCUAUCUACGUUGCACAGUUUUGCAUAUCUGCUAAAGAGUAGUUUUCAACAGUCAUCAUUAUGAGUUUUUUCUGGCUGUAGACUGUCUGACAGCGGAAAAAACACUGCGGGUUGGCUGUGAGGGGCAGUGCAAGAGCAAAAAAGCUGAAGGUGAACUCCGCUAGUGGUGUUAUGAAUCAUAUACAGAUGAAGCAACUAUCUAACGAUGCCGGUGAUGUUCUUACAAAAGGAAAGGCAGACAUGGAAUUUAAUACUUCUAGUCCGAAAAAUGCUGGUGAUGUACACUCAUAUCAGAUUCAGUGAGGUAGAGUAAACUUCCUUCGAGGCACUCGAGUGAAUUUUCCUUUCGGGAGUUCACUGGUGCUAUAAUUGUAGUUGAAGACGUUUUCUGUUCGUUCAUGAAGAUCGUCUCUAAAGUCAACAACUUACGACCAUGGCGUCGUCUCUUAAGUCAAAUAAAACUUACGCUCAUAAUAUAGCACGCAAGCAAAAACCCUUUCGCAUUCGCGGUGCCCUGCGCAUAGAAUACAUAACAGCUUCUUUUUACUUAGUAGUAUGCGCACAUUGUGUUUGAGAUCAGAUUCUGACAUGCUCGCUCUGCCCGAAAACGUUGAAGCGUCUUGUGGGCGUUUGGGAGGCCUCCUAGGUCUGUGGCUUAGCGUGAACGCCACCAGCUAAAUGUCAGGCGUGGCUCAAGUCUCAAUAUUGCCACUACUGUUACAUGAAAUAUUAAGCCACUUGUUCUGAGUAGGAAUCUGAGUCGAAAUUUUUCGUUUCUAGUACUUCCGUACACGCAGGCGGUCUUGAUUCUAAGUAGGUGGUUGGAUGUAUAUCUGAACGUGAGAAUUUAUAGCGUCGUUCGCCUAAGGACGAUUGUCGUAACUACAACAGAGGAGUUUGUUAGAACUUAGAGGAAUCUGACCAAAGCAUUAGAGUCAACCUGCAUCGAAGCUAUCAUUUGGGAAUGCCACUCCUUAUGAAUAUGUCAACGCAGCUCGUCUGCACCUUCGAGAAUUAACAUGGCUUGGUGUUAGUGUUUUUUUAGGUCCAAUUGUUAUUAUCGUCGCGAUGAUGUACAUGGUAGCAAUCAACUUUGCUUGUCGAUAAGAGGGCUGUAUCUGAGGUAGCACCGGCCAAAUUAGCCUGCCGACAGCGACAUCUUAGCAUUCAGCUCAUAGAAACAUUAACAUGAUACUUGGCAUACAAGAAUCAAUUCUCAUCUUAAGCGCUUGCUUCACCACGCUCAUCAAAUACCAUAGGCCCCACGGCCUCCUUCAAAAGCGCGACAUCAUCCUCCUCUUGGUUGUAGAUCAAUUUCCUCCUCUACUCGUUGUAGAUAAAAAUUAUACGUGGAUCAAUCUGAAUGCUUCAUUUACGAUUACUAAAUCUAAAUCAUUCGGUCUUCCUGGUUAUUCCCCCAAAUUUCAUUGUCUCUGUAUUUCGGCGUAUCGGAUCUCGUGGCUUAUUAUUCAUUGGUUUUUUUUUGCGUUGCUUCUUCGCCUGUUCGUUCGAUUCAAGUAA